CGGCAUAGCAAACCUGCUCAGUCUCUCAAAAUUAUUUCUUUCUUCACUGCGUGCGGUUGUGUUUCCCACCGCUCGACACGGUGAACAACGCGUUCGUCCGGUUGGUUUGGAAUGGCAAAUUGAACCGAAAUCGAUUGUUUACGCGUCGUGUAUGUGUGUGUGCGUGCUUGUGUAUACUGUUUUUGCGUGAUGUGAUGUGUGUCGCUUGCACUAAAUUCAAAGGGCAUAAAUAUUGUGAUUAAAGUACGGAAAGAACCGCGUCGCAGCAGAGAAGUAACGCUCCCGGUGCACGGUGGUGCUACCGCGAUUGGAAUUCCGGAACGGUCGUGUCCUGACCCGUGUGAUAAUUGCGAUCAUUACCGUCCCACAGUACCUCCGUGUGUUCGCAGCAUUGCGUCGGCCAAUGGGCAGGAAGUGAGUUUAUGUUCCAUCUUUGCCAACUAUUAUUAGUAAUGUGUAGAUGCGCAAGAAGCAACAGCAGCAACAGCAGCAGCAGCGAAUCAAGGUAGAGGUCGAAAGCGAAAAAAGGCGAGAUUUUGUUUUGAUGCGCUUACGACCUCUCCGGUGGAUCGGUGUGUGAGAUACAAGUGACGGAUGCGAACGGUGUGCUCGAUUGUUGUGUCUGUGUGCGUGUAAACGCGUCCGUACGGUACAGGGUUGUUUAUGAAACGAGAUCAAUUUCAUCACAGGUCAGUGUCGAUUUAGUGCUCAAAACACGCAAAGUUACUAGAACGUAGUUUGUGGAACGAAACACAUCGACUAGCCGAAGUCCGUAAAGUGCUGUCUGUGCUGCUGGAAUAAGAUAUAUCAUUGUCCUUUUCAUCUCCAUCUAUAUCUGCAAAAAAAGGAUGUACUGCUUGUAACAACAUAAUGAAUCUGUAUGAUUCCAAAGACGACUGUCCGCGAGCGCGGCUACAACGUGCUACAUCCGCUGAAAGUGCGAAUCACUCACUUGACUAAGCGCCAAGCGACGGACGACUAUGGCGGUUGUCAAUGCGCUGCUACACCCUGAAGUACCACCGACAGCUGCUAGGCAAACCCAGCGGAGCCUGGACCUGAGGCACACCGGCUAACCUGAUGCCAAUGCAGGAGUGAAACGUAAACGUGUACACAGCCCCAACUCGAUACAGCGAUUCGCGCGCGUUCGCAAGCCAAAAGGAUCUCAUACUCGUUUAGUUGAUUUUAAUUUCUCAUUACGUUAAGUGUCACGUUUUCCUUUCACGUGCUGUUGUUUUAUUCCAUUGCGUGACUGUGUGUAUGUAUGUGUAUGUGUGUGCUUAAUGUGCAUGGAAACUUUGAUGUAAAUUGCUUGGGGUGUACCAGAACGCUGGUUGUGGUGAUCACAUCUCAACAGGCGGCACUUUUGACAAGUUGGCAAAACUAGAUCGGAUUAGAGAGGGACGGUAAAACAGCAAAGCAAAAUAACAGAAAACAGAAAAGAUAACGAUAACAUGACGAUGAAGCUGUUUCGACGCGGUUCGCCACGAUGUAUCGGGCUGCUGUCUGCGUUCGUGACGAUCCUGCUCUGCCUGUACUACAUCUCCAUGGGGCAACCGUCGCCGGCUGGAUCCGGCCCAUCCGCUCCGACGGGGAUGGACGGCAAAGAUGCGUCCGGCGGUCCGAUGACAGGGGGCUUAGCCCAUCAGAAACGAUCUAACGGACAGCAUACGGGACCGAAUGCAAAUCACUCGUGGCACAGUUGGUUGCGGAGCAGUCUUAACUCGAUCGGUCGGCAGCAGCAGCAGCACAUUGCCGAUCGGGCAGGUGAUAAUGUGCGAGGCGACAAUGGGGACGGCGAUGGCGAUGGGAUCGCACCAGAGGACGGUACCGACGGUGCCAGUGGACCCCUGCCCCGGUUCGGUAGUCGUUGGGACGAGUGCAGCAUGCUGGAGGAGGCACCCACCGAUAUCACCACCGUGGACGAGUAUGGAAAAUUCGAUUUCCAGCCAGAAUGGAUGAAAACCAAGGAAUACUGGGACAAAGACUUCGAAACACGCUAUGAAAAUCUGCAAAAGGAUCCGAAAAGGCCACCGCUAAAGAUUGUGGUGGUUCCGCAUUCGCACAACGAUCCCGGCUGGCUGAAAACCUUCGUCAACUACUUCCAGUCAGAUUCGCGCCAAAUUCUGAACCUGGCCGUCACGAAAAUGCCCGAGUACGGCAACAUGUCGUUCAUCUGGAGUGAAAUCAGCUUCCUGCAGCUGUGGUGGGAUCAGGCCCAUCCGACCAAACAACGGAUACUAAAGAAAUUGGUACAAUCUGGCCGAUUGGAAAUUACUACCGGGGGCUGGGUGAUGACGGACGAAGCGAACGCUCAUCUGUACGCAAUGGUUGACCAGCUAAUUGAAGGACACCAGUGGGUAAAGGCGAACCUAAACAUAACGCCCAAGACGGGCUGGAGUAUUGAUCCGUUCGGGCAUGGCAGUACCGUGCCGUAUUUGCUAGCUGCUUCCGGUUUCAAGGGCACGAUCAUUCAGCGCAUCCACUACGCCUGGAAACAGUGGUUCGCCCGCCACCGGUACGGAGAUUUCCUCUGGACGCCGUACUGGAAAAAUCCCUCGGACGGUGGCGCCAGUCAGGCGCGCGCUCACAGCAUGCUAACGCACAACAUGCCGUUCGACAUCUACUCGAUCAAGCACUCGUGCGGUCCGCAUCCGUUCAUCUGUCUGAACUUUGACUUCCGCAAGAUCCCGGGCGAGUACACCGAGUACUCGAUCAAGGCACAGUUCAUCACGCCGGAAAACAUCGAAGCCAAGGCGGACCUGCUGAUGGAGCAGUACUCCCGCACGGCCUCGCUGUUCCCGCACAACGUGGCGCUCAUCCCGGUCGGGGACGAUUUCCGCUACAACAAGGAGAAAGAAAUGGAGCAGCAGUACACGAACUACAAGAAGCUGAUCGACUACAUCAACGAGCAUCGGUCGAAGUACAACGCCGAGAUCAGCUUCGGCACGCCGGUGGACUAUUUUAACGCGAUCCGCGAACGGUACGAUCGGUUCCCGACGCUCAAGGGCGACUUCUUCGUGUACGCCGACAUCUUCAACGAGGGCCGGCCGGCCUACUGGUCCGGCUACUUCACCACCCGCCCGUACUACAAGAUACUGAGCCGCGAGCUCGAGCACAACCUGCGCAGCCUGGAGAUACUGUUCACGAUCGCGUUCAACCGGGCACGGCAGACCGGCAGCUCGAACGCGUUCAAAAUUUACGAAAAGAACUACGAAAAGAUGAUACUGGCGCGGCGCAAUCUGGGGCUGUUUCAGCAUCACGACGCCAUCACCGGCACCUCGAAGGCGAACGUGAUGCGCGACUACGCGCUGCGCCUGUUCGAGAGCAUCCAGGACACGGUGAAGCUGCAGGAGAAAACGAUCGAACUGCUGGUGCAGCGGAAACCGCACGACCAGCAGCAGCACGGCUUCCUGAUCGGCGAGCUCGAGCGGGACAACUUUGGCAAGCUGCCGCGCAAAACGCCCAUCAUCGUGACGGAGGGCCGCAGCACGGACUUUAUCGUGUACAAUGCGCUCGCCCAGGAGCGGCUCGAAGUCGUCACGAUACGCACGCUGACGCCGCGCGUCAAGAUACUGGACGCGGCCGGCAAAGCGAUCGACAUCCAGAUCAACCCGGUGUGGAACAUUACCGAGACGUCGUACACGUCGCGCAAGAUCGUCCCCUCGGACAAGGAGUACGAGGUAAUGUUUGUGGCCCGGCUGGCGCCGCUCUCGCUCACCACCUACACGGCGGCGUACGACGAGGACGGAUACCAGGGCAAGAUGGCCACGCUGUACUGUACGGAGUGUCAGGACGAGAAGACGAAAGCGUUCGAGGUGCGCACCAAGCAGCCGGGCGACAUCCAGCUGGAGAACUACAAGAUGCGCCUGCUGUUCGACGAGCAGAGCGGCUUCCUCAAGUCGGUCACGAAGAAGCACAUGGGCAAGCAGAUCCAGUGCGCGAUCAAAUUCGCCGCGUACAAGAGCGCCCAGUUCCAUUCCGGCGCGUACCUGUUCAAGACCGAUCCGGAGCAGCGCAACUCGGAAAAGGACGUGCUGGAGCAGUACAACGACAUGACGAUCCUGAUCACGUCCGGCCCGCUGGCCAGCGAUGUGACCGCCAUUUACGGGCCGUUCCUAGCGCACACGGUGCGCAUCUAUAACUCGAACAGCGUGCUGGACAGCGCGAUCUACAUCGAGAACGAUAUCGACUUCGAGGCGCCGCCGAAGAACCGUGAGACGGAGCUGUUUAUGCGCUUCGUGACCGACAUCGAGAAUGGCGCUAGCGAAAACCCGGAGUUUUACUCCGACCUGAACGGCUUCCAGUACCAGAAGCGCGUCAAGGUGUCGGCCAUCGGGGUGGAGGGUAACUACUUCCCGAUCACGUCCGGCGCCUUCAUCCAGGACGAUCGGAUGCGGCUGACACUGCUGACGACGCACGCCCAGGGUGCGGCAAGCCUCGAGCCGGGCCAGCUGGAGGUAAUGCUCGACCGGCGCACGCUGUACGACGAUUACCGCGGCAUGGGCGAAGGUGUGAUCGAUAGCCGGCUGACGCGGCACCGGUUUUGGCUGACGCUGGAAACGAUCGACGCACAGCAGCCACCGAACGUGGAACCAGCCGCACCGAAUGGGCAGGAGGAACAGGAGCCCCAACAGCAACAGCAGAAGGAAAGCAGCACCACUGCCUCCGACCCGUACCAGCUGCCCAGCAUCUUUGCCAAUGCGCUCGCGAACGGGCUCAACUACCCUGCCAACCUGUUCAUCGUCGAGCGGUACGACGAGAGCAAUCAGCUCGAGCUGAACCGAGCGGUGCGGCUUCUGCGCGUCCAGUUUCCGUGCGAUCUGCACAUGCUGAAUCUGCGCACGCUCACCGAAAACAAUCUACCCCUGUUUCCCUCCAGCUCGGCGCUGCUCGUACUGCAGCGGCAAGGGUACAGCUGUCGGAUAGGGGGCGAGGAGACGAUCGCUUACUUCUGCGGUAACGGCAGUAGCAGCAGUAGCAGUAGUGGUAGCAGCAGCACUAGCAAUCCUGCCAACAAUGCUGUCAUCGAUGGCGGCGGCGGUGGAGAAAGAGACGGAGGUGGUGGUGGUAAUGAGAUCAAUCAGCAUCAUCCGACGGAGCCACGGGAGCUGCAACUGUUCCGGCGGUUACGAAUCGACGCGAUCCAGGCGACCUCACUGACCGGGCUGCAUCCGGGCGAACGGCUCGCAUCCUUCACCGACAUCUAUCUCGAGCCGAUGGCACUCAAGACAUACAAUCUGACCUUUGCAAAGUAAAACCCACAUUGCACUGACGAACCCCCUCCCGCAGAAAGGAGGGGGGAUGAGUUCCAAAGGGCAGCAUCGCGUAAAAGCUGACGCGCGCAUUCCAAGCAUUCCACAGUCGAAAGGGAGAGUAUCCUCAACGGAAAAUGGAAGAUAGUAGCAGCCGGCGAAAGGGAUGAAGAAAUAAUCCUCUUCGGGCAACUCUAGGACAUAAAACAAGGGAAAACUCCUCAGCGUGUGUGUGUGUUUGUAUUCAAUUAGUCAACAAUUAGGAGAAACGGUUGGCCCGAGACACAAGCGCCAAGACGUUAGACCACACAUGACAGUAAAUACCACUAAAUGAAUGGAAUCUCACGAACAACAAUGGAUGGAUAAAAAGCUCUCUCUUCGUUCUCUGUCCAUCUUUACACACAAUCUUUCUUCUCUAUCUCUCUCUCUCUCUCUCUCUCUCUCUCUCUCUCUCACUCUCUAUCUUUGUCUCUUCCAAACUCGUAAUGCAGUUUACGAGAAUAGUUAAUUUUAAUGGAAUAUUUUUAACGAUCUGUUCGAGUGCGUUCGUGUGCAUGUGUAUGUGUUUGGACAAACCCGGAAGCGUAUCCUUUUGGCAGGAUACUAAACUAAUGUAGCAACGCAAACAAGCACAUACGAAACGAAAACAUCGUCAUUCGUUCUGUCCUUUUACUCUCCAUUUAACAAGCGAAAAGACAAACGCGCCUGUUCGACACAUACACACAGAGAAACUGGAACUAUACUUUCCAUCCAUAAGAAAAACAUGACGCUAGUGUAAUUUAACGUUAAGAUAGUGUGUAAUGGACAAGGGUUCACACCAAACCAAGGGCCCGGGUUGAAUCCCGGAUGAACGAAUGGAUGGAUGGAUGGUUGGAUGGUUGGAUGGAUAUGCAGGGCAAUUAAUGAAAACACAGAUAAAACUAGGCAUGUUAUUAAAAUGAUAAAGCAAACCACAACACUAAUUUAAUUGCACGUGGUAGUUCACACAUACACACACAGAGAAAGACACACUCACACAACUAUAUACACUUAGUGAAUAAAAAACACUACCGACAAGUGGGAUAACUUACACAACUAGCGCGUGGGAAAGAAUUUAGGAAGUGUAAAACAGUAGCUUAAGAAGUAAGUAAAUGAUUGCGCAGUGGCAGGAGGCAAAUGCAUGGUGCAGAAGAAAGUAAUAGGAGACAACAACAAAAGCGAGAAGUACAGUGAAGUAGGGAAAAACGAAUUUGCCCUCGUAAAGAAGGGAAAGGAAAGUAGGUGAACAUGACAAAAGUAUUGUAAAAGAAAUAAAAAAAAACGCGUGUGAGUGUGUGUGCGUGUGUGCAGAUGUGUACUGUUAGACAUACUGGACGUAGCGAAAAACGAAUGGAACGAACUUAUACAAUUAUAUAGCAAACAAACAAAAUGGCCCAAACAUGCAAUGGGCCCGGAGGGUGCUGUUGUAGAUUAUAUUUAUGUAUUUUUACUACCUAGUUACGUCCACAUACUUGUCAUAACUGUUUCGUUCAUUUUUUCCGGCGAAUGAUUAACAACACGCUUUAACUGCCUUGAUUGAAAAAUAUUAUUUUGGGGUAGUACAACACACGCUUGUUACACUUUUGUUCGAGUUUCCUCCGGUUCAUUCCAUUCCAAGGACACACAGCCUAAUACACCGCUACCAACUGUGAAUUAAACGGUAAAGAGUGUUCCGUUCCGUUGAGGGGUCGAAGUGCAGGGUUGUCAAAUCGUAGCUCACUACGGCUGAUGACGUUUCUUCGACACCGGAACACUUUUUACAGUACCCGGUACAAAUCGCCUCUAGUAUUAGCACCCGUUCAAGGACAACAGUUAUUUGUUUAACGCAUUUUUUCACCUUUUUGCUAAGUCCAAUCUUUUCUUACGAUUUUAGACAAAAACUAGAGAAAUCUGUUGUAAAGCUUUAAGUUUAAGCAAAAUUAAUUGGUUGACCUCGCGUGCACCUUUUUUUAUUGUUGUUACAAUUCGAUACAGGAACAAACACUCUAGCGCAAUUGUUGUUACUCUUACUCAGAACAAUACACUAAUGAUUUCCACCACCUCCCGUUCGAAUGAGGGAAUACGCUGACGGUUUGUAAUAAAGAUAGCUUAGCUAGCAGCAACAGCAGCAGCAGUGUAGUAGUGGUAGCCCUGCA